AUGGACGACAUAUUCAUCCAGCCGGAACUUGGUCCUUCCGAAGAACCCUCCGAGAACGAAUCAAGCUUGGAUCCCGACUCAGAUAAUGAUUUCGAGGCCGCAUCAAUAAAAUCAACCCGAUCCUGCUCUACAGAAAACCUCCAACCCACCCUCGAAAAUGGCCGUCGCUACGCAGACGACUCCUACUUCAUGCCAAAUGACGAAUCAGAACUGACUCGUCUCAACAUCGUCCAUCAAAUCUACCUAAUCCUCCUAGACGGCAACCUCACCACCGCCCCACUCAACACCCCACGUCCCCGAAUCCUAGAUAUCGGCACCGGCCCAGGCGACUGGGCCAUAGAAAUGAGUGCCAAGCAUCCAACAGCCGAAAUUAUCGCCUCAGACCUAGGUGUCUUCGACUCAGGCUUAGGCCACCUCUCCCUUCCAAAUGUCGACUUCCAACUCGCAGACGCCCAAUCCCAAUGGACAUACCAUGAGCCAUUCGACCUAAUCCACAUCCGCGGGUUAUCAGGCGCCUUUAAUGACUGGCAUAAUAUAUACACGCAAGCCCUAUCUCACCUCAAACCAGGCGGUUAUAUCGAAGUCGCCGAUGUCGAUCCAGCAGGCGAUACGAUUACAAUGCCUUCGGACUUGGAAACAUCCCAUCUACGCACGUAUGCAGCGGCACUUCGUGCAGCGGCUGAUGAAGCAGGGUAUCCGCGUGAUUUAAAACAUCUUGCUACGACCGCGCUAUCAGAAGCGGGUUUCGUAGACGUUCGUGUUCAGGAGCGAUCUAUUCCGAUUGGAUUGUGGCCUGAGGAUGUGCGUGAGAAAACGCUGGGUAAAAUGGGUCUUAUCGUGCUGCUUGAGGGGUUGGAGGCUUAUGCGCUGCGUACGUUGACGAGGUCUGGGCGCUGGUCGCUUGACGAGGCGACGGAGUUGUGUGAGAAGGUUAGGGGGGAGUGCGUUUCUGCAACGGGGCUUGUGGCGAGGGUUAGGAUUGUUACGGGGAAGAAGCCGGUCUCUUUUGCGCAGAGGAGAGAAGAGGUUAUGGCGAGGACUAUGGCUAGGAUUAAGGCGUUGAAUGCGGAUGGGUUGGAAGAGAAGUAA